AACAUUGCGUCAUUGUCACGAGACGGGAAUAGAUCAUAUGUGGAAGUUUCCUCUAAGAUUAUGAAUAACAAUGUUUGAACUCAAUUGUUCAUCUUGAUUACCAAUCAACCAAACGCAAUAUAUUAGAGGUCUGCAAGUUGAGUUUCCGAUACUUCAAAGGAUGAGGAUUUCUGUUUUAGUUUCAGUUACUAUUUUACUUGCAUUUUUAGUCAAAACUGUUACAAUAGAAGCAUUUCAUUUAGGAAAAGGAAACACUAAUUAUGACAUACACAUCCGUAUUGAUACAAAUUGUAAUCCAGAAGAAUUUCAAGACUGUUUCCCGGCAAAUCCCGCAGAUUGUAAGAAGGACAAUGAUUGUAAAAAGCGCUGGUUAGGAACAUAUGGGUAUGAGAAAAAACAAUGCACACCUCCUGUCUUUCGUUUACUUGGAACUAACUGCCAUUGGUGGUGCAGUAUCAGCUACAUGUAUUUGCCACAGCUCCCCAGCGUGUGCAAGAACAGCAAUGGAGGUGUUUUGGCUGGAUAGUAGCGACCUCAUCUUUAUGCCUCACUUAUAUGCAGCUCUCAGCCACAAGUCGACCCGGUGUGUGAGAAAUGAUGGUCGGGGAUGAUGGACCUCUGCAAUUAAAGUCUUCACAUUUUUACGAUUCUUUAGUACUGACUGAAUAUAAACUCAUUAGGAAAAGGUGUUUACUACAAACACAGUGGCUUCUGCACUUCAACACCAAGGGAUGAAGCGUUAUACUGGGAAAAAUAAACAUUUUGGGUAAAUCAAAUGGAAAACAACGUUUGUCAUAAAUGUAUUUGAGAAAAACAAAGAUACUUGACUUUUAAAAUAGGUGACUUAAUUAUGACGGCCAUUCACUUGUAUUUUCAGGAAAUCGGGAAAUUAAAUGACUCGGGAAAUUAACCACUUAUACUGUAUAACAUAUUUUUUUCUUUGUCUUCUAAGAUGUGACAUGGAU